AUGUCAACAUUAAAAGCAAAAAUCGAAUCUCUUUUACUAGAAGCACCUUUAGAAGCCGUUUGCAGUGCUUCGAUUUUUUACUUAACAAUGGACGGUGAUAAAGUGGGUGAAUAUGAUACCAUUAGAACUUUGGCUAAUAAUGCAGUCACUUCCGCGUUACCAAAGAUUAAAGAUAAAAAUCGAAAAUCUCAGGUUUUAAAGAUAUUACCACAGGCACUAAAUAUAACACAAGAGGAUCUAGACUAUACGAAAGAAGAAAUUGAUCAAAAUAUUAGAACAUUGAGAUCAAGGCUCAAUUCUCCCAUAACAGAUAUGACAGAUGCGGAUGAGCCUCGAGAGAAAAUGAAAUGCAAACUCCCUAAUUUAGUUUCUCUUAAGUGCAACGAGUUUGCAAAUAAUUUUCACAAGAUAAGCAUUCUGGAUGAAUUUAAAGAUAUCAGACAUAAUGGUUUAUGGAAAGAGAGGGAAUCUGAUCUAGGAAAAAUAACCGAACAAAUUCUUAGUACACUAGGAAAUGUGUGGAAUAACCCCGCCUUCGAGACGAGCAUGUCCCGUAAUAUGCAAAGUGAAGGGACUUACAUUACUGAUAUAAUCAUGCCUUUACUUCGGGCAACUCUGGGUGACCUACCAAAUAGCUGUAUAUGUUUAAGUACAGCUGAACGCCAAAGCUUGGCAAGUAAGGCGCGUAGAAACGAUGGAAUAGGUGAGGAAAAAAUGGGUAAAAAGCCGGAUAUAAUGGCACUAGAAAAAUGUAAUGGAAAAUUAGUGGAAUUUUUAUUCGCAGAAUGUUCGCGUGUCUCCUGCAGUGCCACUAAAAAAGAAGAGGAUGAAAUAAAAUUAUGGAGAGAGUUGUUGGAUGGGAGUAGCUUUAUAAAUUCUGCAUGUAAACCUAUUCAUAAUCAGUUCGGUGUAGUUGGAAUUCAGGUGGCUGAUAUCCCAUUAACUUCGGACACGCCGUGGCAUGUAGAGCCUCUUCUACGAUUAUUAUUAACCUUAAGAAAUAUCAUAAUUGUGAAUAAGAGUUUGCUAACGCAGGUGUUAGAGCAAGCUAUUUCGCAUCCGCCUCGAAAUGUUCACACAAGUCCCACUGUCUCUUCACCGCGUAGAGAAGAGCCGGGACAAAAAAGACCCAGGAAGAAUAGUAAAACCAGAAGGUUGACUAAACGAAAAAGUGCAUAUUUUUAG